AUGGAAGGAUUAAAACCAAGAUCAAAAAGUAUCCAUCGGUGGUGUGGAAUAAUUGGAAAAGGUAAUACUGGGGUGGAUGAAUAUAAUGAAGAGAUGAUGAAAGAAGAAGAUGAUGAAGAUGAUGAUGCUGAAGGAGGCGAAAGAUAA